UUUAACAUAAAAUUUUGUGUAGAUGUUUUUUUUACAUAAAAUUUAUGUUAAUUCUACACAAACGGUUUGUAUUGAUCAAUCCAUCCAUUUUUUAACACACUCAAGUGUUAAUUCAAAGUAAAACUACACUUUUUUAAUGUUACUGGCCAACCAACACAAAAUUUAUGUUAAAGAAUUCUUCAUAUAUAGUCACGUAUGCCACACAAGAUAGACAUUUAAAUGUGAUAGCCUCAACGUCAUUUUAAUUUGGUGGAUUUUGAUUUGUAUCAUUACGUAAAGUACUUAAAUGCAGCUAAUAAAUAUACAAUUGUAGUGUAUAGCAAUUAAAAACUAAGUAGAGAUCAACCGAAUUUUUGUACUACAAUCACUGUCCUUGGUUUGAAAUUUGUAUCUAGGACAUACAGGUGUUUCGAUUAUUGUCUUGUAGCUGAUCAUCAAUAAUGAAGGUACACAAUAAAUUUAUUUAUUUAUACGUAUUCAAGUAAAAUUGAUGAAUACAAUUGUUCUUUAUUGUUAUAAAAUUGAAGAUAUGGAAUCUCCGGAAUUUUUUUGUAACAAAUGUGUACUCCCGAUGGAUGGUAGUGGUCCAACAUUCUCAUUUACUCAGUGUGGACAUAUUUAUUGUCAUAAAUGCAUCGCUAGAGUCGGAAACCAUUGUCCAACCUGUAAUACCACUGGGAUCCAAUCAAUGCCAUUAGUGGCACCUUUACCACCAUCUAUUUCCAAUUUGUUUGUUCCUUUAUCUCAACUUAAUGAACAAUUGGAAUCGCUUUCGAAAUUGCAGAGCGAGCAAUGUGCGAUUACAAACAAGAGCUUUGAAAAAUCGUAUACAAAAUUCGAAUUAUUGAAAAAAGGUUAUUGGGAAAAUCGCAAACGUGUUGAACGAGAGAAGAAAGAACUACAAAUAUUGCAAGAAAAAUAUGAUAAUUUGAAAGCAAGGGAAAUGUAUGCUUCUCACCAAAGUACUUCGGCUAACAACGCACAAGUUUUUAAUUUUUCAAAUGUUGAUAAUUCAUAUCAGCAUCAAAUCAAUUCUAGUUCUGCUACAAUAUCUACACGUAAUUUACCUCAACAACCCAUGCCACGUCACCGUAACCAUCGAGAUCACAAUGACUCAAAAUAUCUUUAUCCUGGAUACAAUACUACUCCAGAUUCAGGACAUAGCAUAAUAACGUCAGCGUAUCGAGGAUCAACUACUGAUACAUCAGAUAUUCCGGAGAAUAUUUUUCGUAAUCCAAGGAUAACUAAAGCACCAAGAUCCAAAAAAUCGACUUAAAAUUGAUUAUUAAAAUAAUUUAAAUUGAUUAAUAUUUAUUUUUUCAUUCAGUUACUUUUUAUAUUAA